AUGGAGGUGGUCAGAGAAGAUAACUCAGACGACGAUCGGCAAGAUGCCGAUGGGGAAUCCGUCUCUCAAAUCAUGGAGCCCGAAGACCAUUCCUCUUUGGAAAGGCGCCGUCGGAUCAUGAAGCGAGGGGCAGCUGCUUGUAGUCGCUGUAGAAAGCGGAAACAGAAGUGCGACGGAAGACUUCCGACUUGCUCCCCUUGCUCGACAGCGGGGGCCGUUUGCGUCCCAUCUGAGCGCUUCUUGCGUCGGAACCCGAGUUGCAACUGCGCCGAGUUAAGAGAACAAGUGAAUGCUCUCAACAAUCAAGUGGCAGAGUUGACUUCACGUCUUGCUGAGAAGAGAUCUCAUGCACAGACUAAUCUUGACGGAUAUAACCCACCAUCGCCGACAAUCUCGCAAUCAGUAGAUCGAGAUGAAACCGUGGAGAAGUCUUGUACGGUGCGUAUAUUACGCCCUACAUUCCCUCGGAAAACCUCCGAAAAUGGCUUCUUGAGUAGCCCUUGGCAUCUCUGGGGAAAUAUUGACGACCGUACACUCACCGAUCAUUCUAUACACGGAAUAUCUUGGAAUUCGAGCCAGGCAGUCUGGCCACAGCUGAUCGACGUUUUCUUUUCUCGUCGUUGGCCUCAACUUCCAGUUAUUCAUAAGCCUACAUUCCUUCAAAAACACUUCAUCCCAUUCUCCGAAAAUCGAUCGGAUUGUUCGCCUUCUUCCUUUCAGGUCAACAUAGUCCUUGCUAUUGCUGCAGCGGAGAAGACGGUAUUAGAUGAUGAUAGCGUACUUUCGCAUCACGAUUAUUUCAAAAUAGCGACCCAAAGUUUAGAAGCUGUAUUCGCCGCAGAUGAUAUCGACUGUGUCCAAUCAUUGCUGCUCCUCGCCAUGUACGGGAGUCAUGAGCCGCAGUAUGUGGAUAUGUGGUACACUGUUGGCUUGGCUCUUCGAUUAGCCGUUGGUAUUGACUUACACCGACAAGAAGCCAUUGAAGGCUGUAACGUCCUGGAGGCUGAAAUGCGCAAGAGGUUAUGGUGGAGUGUCUAUGUCAUGGAUCGAAGUAUGUCCGUUGCCUUAGGUCGACCCCUAGGGAUUCAAGAUUCCGACAUUACGAUGCCGCUUCCUGAGUCCCUCACCGAUGACCAGCUUUCCAAUCUUGAAUUACCAAUCGUGCCAAACCUCAUUCCAUCUACUAGUGAUACCUCAACAUUCAUCCAUAUUAUCAAACUGCGACGCAUAUAUACGGAUGCAUAUAAGGUCUUCCAUUCGGUAGGACAGACCAAUAUAGGGGGAGAAGAUGACUUGGGGAUAAUCCGUCACCAGCACCUCCUGCGGUUCAAUGAUUGGCUAGUAGGAGCACCUCGUUACUUCAACCAACAGUGUAUGUUCCAGACGCCCGAGUGGUUCCAGAUCGCUUACCACCAAGCGGUCAUUACUUUGCACCGCCCAUCACGGGCAACAACGGUCAACACAAUCGACGAAAUUCGUUUGUGUAUCGACUCUUCUAUCAGCUUAAUCAGCUGCUAUAGUGCCUUGUACGCUCGAAACAAGAUAACGUACACCUUCGUAGCUCUGAAUUCACUUUUCAUGGCAGCGGUGACGAUGCUUCACGCAUUACGAGCCAGUCGAGUCAUCCGUCAGGAACUUACUAAACCGGUAGCUGAAUCCAACAUUCUUCUUUGCACUAAAUUGCUUCGCGACAUGUCAAACGGGAGGACUGUUGGCAACAGUAGUGCUCAGAUAAUCGAGCGUCUCGGUAAAGCAAUUUUGGACAUAUUCGAUAAUGAUCCGGCAGUAGACCAAGAGAUCGAUACUGAAUUCCUUCUAUGGUUCGGCCUCAAGUCUCAACACCCCCCACAACAGGGGCAGCCAACACCAAGCGUGGAUUUAGCCUGGAACGAGUUGCUGGCUAAGGGAUUUGACAUGAAUGGAGGCAUGUGGACCGACCUAUUCCUAUGAAAUGGAAGCUAUAAGAUACGUCAAUCGUAUCUAUACCUAGAGACAUCUAGAAUCACGGACAUUGGGUUGGGAUACCCGUAGCGUCGGAAUCUGGGGCGUUAAUUCCUAAUGAGUUUGCCUCAUGGUUAUGGGAUAGGACACUCUUUCAUACUGUUAAUUGUUAGGAUUUCCCUUCAACUUUGUUUAAAGGACGAGGAAAGAGUGUGUUUGCAAAUUUUGAAUAAAGACUAGACCCAUAGUAUAACACCUACAAGUCUAGAAGUUAGGAAUAAUAAAUGGAUAGCUUCGAAGACGAACAAGAUGGAAGGGAGAUUAAAAUUACGAGACGAUGAUAAUCUAUUAUGAAACAAAUGGUGUGAUUUAUUUGUUUUAAUGCAUAAUACAUUACCCGCGUAAUA